AUGAGGGAUUGUUACAGAAGAUCGUGGAGCAGAUCGAACAGCGUCAACUUCGAAUGGCUUUCACCGUUAAACAAACGGAAAACUUUCAAAAGGGCUAAAUAUCCUCUACUUGACGAAGCUCUUUACAUUUGGUUUCUUCAAAAACGUGAAUGUCACAUCCCAGUUAGCCAGGAUUUAUUGACGGCUCAGGCAACGAAACUGUACCUUAAGCUGUACAACGAUGAGCAGUUCAAAGGGAGCCGAGGAUGCAUCGUCAAUUUCAUCAAGCGACACAACAUCAGGUUUCUCCAAAUCACAGGAGAGAAACUUUCCAACAAUGCUGCAACCGUUGACACGUACAUUGAACACUCUAGAUCCUUAGUUCGGCACCUAUCGUGUCAAAUUUUCAACGCCGACGAGAGCGGACUUUACUUCAAGUGUAUCACUUCGUCAACUUUUGUCAGCGUGAACGAAUCAUCAGCUCCAGGAAGAAAAGGGAAUAAGGAGCGUGUGACGUUCAUGUCUUGCGCAAAUGCUGACGGUUCGUACAAACUUCCACUUAUGCUGAUUGGAAAGUCAAAACGACCAAGAGCACUGGAGAACGUCCGUGAGCUGCCCUUAUACUAUGCUUCUUCCAAAAAUGCCUGGAUGACCCGACAGUUAUUUAAGGAUUGGUUUUUCAAUGAGUUUGUCCCCAAAGUCACAGCAUUUUUGGAAGGUGCUAACCUGCCGUUAACGGCCCGCUUAGUUUUUGGACAACUGUUCCGCACAUUGCAGCACCGACCAGCUUAG